CGCCCGAGGAGUCACACCGCCUUGAACUGGGCGAAUUUCGGACCUAAGGCCGUGCCUAAAUUGUCAAAAACCUCGCACUCAUCUUCACCAUGGCUGGCAGACCGGGCGAAAUAGACGUCACCAAGCCUAUCAAGCACAUGUUGGCCUUCAUCGAGCAAGAGGCCAACGAGAAGGUCCAAGAGAUCGACGCCAAGGCCGAGGAGGAGUUCAACACGGAGAAGGGCCGCCUGAUCCAGGAUCAGCGCAUCCUCAUCAUGGACUCGUACUCCAAAAAGGAGAAGCAGGUCGAGCGCCAGCGCAAGAUCCAGAGCUCGCACGUGAAGAACGCGGCGCGGCUGCGGCUCCUGGACGCCAUGGACGAGCACGUGAUCAAGGUGCUCGCGGAGGCCAAGUCCUACCUCGGGCAGAUCACGAGCAAGCAGACGCGCUACCAGUCGAUUCUCGAGAAGCUGGUACUGCAGGUACAGGUCACCUGCGGUCGGGGACGACAACGUUCGAGCGAUUUAGCUUAACCACUGAUUUAUACGUCAUGCUGUGCGGCAUAAAGAGAAUAUGAUCAGCUAUUAUGUCCGUGCUCGCCAAAGAAGUUCACACAGGA